AUGGACGCCUUUGACUCGGGCACGGACCUGAGCGGCGCGGGCGCGGGCGAGCCUGCGCGCACCGAGUCGCGGGCGCCUGCAUCGGUGUCCGCAGCUGCGCCGCCGCCGGCCGACGACACAACGCAGGCGCCGCGCGCCAAACGUCCACGCACGUCGCUGCCGCCAUCCGAAGCGGAGAAGGCUGCCGACGCGGAAGGCACGCGGCCUCGCGCGGACGACUCCGUGGAGACGGUGCGCUCGCGAGCGCGUGUGCCUGUGCCGAACCCGUCCAAGGAGGCGAGCUUCGGCCGCAAUAUGAGUGGCUGGGACCAGCUGUUUGGCGGCAUUCCUACGGCGGCGCCGACCGAGUCCGUGCGGCCCAAAGAUAUAACGCCUGAGCAAAAGGCUGCGGCAGCCGAGGCCGAGGCCCUCAAGGUGCGCGAGGCGCGCGCAAAAGAGGCACAGGAGCGCGCCAAGGAGAAGGAGGAGCGUGCGAAGGAGGCCAUUGACCGCGCCAAGGAGAAAGAGCGCGAGACAGCCGCGAUGGCGCGCGAGGCACGCGAGGCGCGCGAGGCACGCACGCGCGCAGCCGCGGCGUCCGCUCCCCCUCCAGAGCGGCGAGCGCUGUCGGUCACUGCCGAGGCGCUGAAUGAAAAGCGGCGUCAACUGCAGCGCGAGAUUGAGAAUCCCCAGGCAAUGGAUCUGCUUGCGAAUGGCCGCAUUAUGUUUUCGUUUGAGGAGGAGCUUGGCAGCGACCGUCGCUCGCUGCGCGCCUCCAAGUUCGGGGCUGGCUUGCAUCACCUACGUGCCACCUGA